AUGUUUAUCAGAGGCGGCUUCGCUUGGAAGAGAGCAAACGCAGUAGUCCAGGCUUCGGCCCGCGUGGAGAGACGGCGGUCUUUAUCAACGGAGAAUGGCGCUCAGUCUGGGAGGGCAGGCUCUUUUUCGGCAGUAGGAGGGAAGCACAAAAGAGAAUCGGACAAGCAAUUCUUGAUCUCGGUGCUCGAGUCAUCUGCCACCAACCGCGACGCCAAGGGUUAUAUCAACACCUUCGGCUCCUCCUCAAGUACGGGACCAAAAAAGGCAUCCGCCUUCACUACUGUCGUCCAAGAUGGCUUUCGAGGCCAGAACGAGGCCCCGCGUUUUGUCCAGGGCCCCGUGAGAGUGUCAAUGGCGGACGAUGGUGAAAUACCACACAUCGCCAUUGUGAAGCUCAAAGAUCCGCAAAAAUGGGAUGAUCCGCUACUCGAUGGAAUCGCUAGAACGAUCACUCGUCUGAGGGAUUUAGGGUUGCGAAGUGUGAUCGUCCUGGAUUGUGAUACCGGUCAGGGUGAAGGUACCCAACGACAAGUCUUGUCCCAGCAAACAGACCGUGUUAUCCGGGCGAUUGGGCAAUAUGGGUCGCCAGGGGCCGAAAUGGUCAGUUCAGCGAUCUGGAAGUCGGCUCGCGAGUCGCAAAGUGUCUCGUCGGUUUAUUCCUCGGAUAUCCAUGUUGGGUUUGGCCAGGGAUUCAACACACCAAUCAGACACGGUCAUAUCGUGGUUGUCCCGCCCAGGGCUCUCUGUGAAGAGACCAUGGCAUACGCCCCGGCCGAUCCAAACGAAGUGGUUUUUGCUCUGGCUCAGUUCUUUUCUGGCCUACAGGCAAACAGCCGCUCAAACGUGGGAGAAGGAACCGAGAGGAGUUUAAACAGCCAUACCCGGAAAGGAUUAGUGGAUCGGAUUAUCAUCAUCGAUCCUGUUGGAGGUAUUCCGGCAAACGGCUACGGGGAUGGCGCGCGGGUCUUCAUCAACCUGGAAGAGGAAUUUACCAAACUGGAGGCAGCACUUACUCAAGGCGAGGCAAAUCUAUCAGGGGAUGCAAAUGCCAAUCAUCUCGACAAUCUCAAACUGGUUAAGAAAGCCCUGGCAAUACUUCCGUCGACGGCAUCCGCAGUCAUAACUAGUCCGGCUGAGGCAGCCAAUUUACGGCUCUCGACUACCCAAACUAACCAGGUAUCUGGGGGGCCGUUGGUGGGCGAAGUCAAGACCAGGAGGUGGCAAAAUCCACUCAUACAUAAUCUCAUCACCGACCGGCCGAUAUACUCGGCCUCGCUGCCUAUCGGUAGGGUGAAACCGACGAGCCGGAACCCGGAUAUCGCCUCAGCACGGAUGCCAACCACCACCCUAGCGAAAAAGGGCUUGCCCGUCACUAUCUUCCCGGAUACCCGUUUGGGUUCAUGGACGCCCCCGACACCAGGAAAACCCCGACUCCGACUUACUGACACAUGUAUCGACCUCCCUCGGCUGGUCCACCUUAUCGAAGACUCAUUCAACCGGAAGCUCGACGUUGAGCACUACCUCCGCCGCGUCCAGGACAGCCUCGCUGGGAUCAUUAUCGCAGGAGAGUACGAGGGUGGCGCCAUUCUGACGUGGGAACGGCCCUUCGGCGUAGACGAGGAGACCGCUUUCGGCACGGGCCGGCUCGUCCCUUACCUGGACAAGUUCGCCGUGCUCAAAAAGAGCCAGGGCGCGGGCGGCGUAGCGGACAUUGUGUUUAACGCCAUGGUCCGCGACUGCUUCCCUAAAGGUGUGUGUUGGCGCAGCCGCAAGAAUAAUCCCGUGAAUAAGUGGUACUUUGAGCGGUCGUGUGGAGUACGUAAGCUCCCAGAGAGCUCCUGGGCUAUGUUUUGGACCACACCCGAAGCGGCCACAAGCGAUCAGUUGAUGGGAGAUUAUGAGGACGUGUGUCGAAACGUGGUACCUUCGUGGGACGAUACGAAGCCAGCAGAUUGA